AUGUCAAGUCAUAUAAGAAAAUCAGAUAGAAAAUUGGUAUUUACUGAAGAAAUUUUAAAAGAUGCAAAGGAAAGAAUACGCCUGCUCUGCCCAGUUACUGUCUACAGUAACUUGGCAGAGCACUGCCGGCGCUUGGAUUCAUGUUUUUAUGGUCUGUCGAAGAAGGAGCUAGGAAGAGUCGCUUAUGAUUUAGCAAAUAAAAACGGUCUUAAUCAUAGAUUUAAUAAUGAUAAAAAGGAAGCUAGCAAGAAAUGGGUCGAAAACUUUGCCGAGCGGCAUAACUUCAGUCUCCGUCAACCUGAAAAAACAAGUUUGGCACGUGCUGCAGGAUUCAAUCGUGUACAAGUGCAACGAUUUUAUGAUAAUUUAAAACAAGUACUUACAACCUUCAAAUUUGUUAGCAGACAAAUUUUCAACAUUGAUGAAACUGGCCUGCAGACAGAGCCAAACAAGUUACCUAAAGUUUAUGCUAAAAAAGGCAAGAAAAUUGUAGGAAAAGUUGUGUCCGCAGAACGUGGACAAACAGUAACGGCUGUUUGCUGCAUAGGUGCUACUGGAAUAUUCGUACCACCUGCAUUCAUUUUUCCUAGAAAGCGGCAAAAACCCGAAUUGAUGGAUGGAGCUCCAGAGGACUCCCUGCAGCUUGUAUCCGAUUCUGGUUAUAUGAACUCAGAUCUAUUUAUAAUCUGGCUUAAUCAUUUCAUUAAGAUGGUCAAGCCAUCUAAAGAUGAACCUGAUCUUUUGAUUUUAGAUAAUCAUUCAUCUCAUUUAAGUUUACAGGCUAUUGAAUUAGCUAGGGAUCAUGGAGUUGUUCUUUUGAGCUUAGCACCACACACAAGCCAUCGCAUGCAGAGUCGUGCUAUAACUCAAUAUCAAGUUGCUAGACUAUUUGGCACUGCAUACCUUAAGGUUGGUUCAAUUGAUAGAGCUAAGAAAUCAUUCGAAUCUUGUGGCAUCUGGCCUUUUAACGAUCAGAUUUUUUCCGAUGAAAAUUUUGCUCCUGCAUAUGUCACUGACCGUCCCAAUCCAAUUGCAGAAACUUCAAGUACAGGCGAAGCCCUUAAUAGUUCAAAUUUAGCUGUUGAAUUGCCACUUACAACUACAGAAACUGUUACUCGAGUUGUCUCGUCACCUAUACCCGUCAAUUUUAAUAUUUCAGCUCCAGAUAUAGCAUUGUCUCAACUCGGAGGAACCGAAACCCUUGAAUCAACUGAUAAUCACCAGGAAGUAAUAACAACAACAGAAAAUGACGAGCCAACACCAUCCAAAUCAUAUUUUCUUAGACCAGAAGACAUCUUACCAUUACCAAAGUCAAACAUUCAGAAAAAAAGAAACAUAAAACGUAAGAAAUCAGAAAUCCUUACCAGUUCUCCUUAUAAAAAUCAAAUAGAAGCAGAACAAAAAGGGCCAAGAAGACAAAGAAGACAUCAAAUAAAAAUAAAUCUACGACACCAAAUAGACCGACACUGCUGGAAACAAGUACGGGUACAGAAGUUGUUCGAUGCCCCCUUUGUGCCGAAGUCUACGUAG